AUGAAAAAGAGAGCUGCCGAAGAUUCACGUGGCGCACAAAAGCGAGAUCGACCCUCGAAUGCCAUUCCCCUAGGCUCCGAUUACCUACAGAUGGCGACAAAUGAGACGCGUUCAAAGCGAACUUCAAACGCGUCGGCUAUCAGUACCGGACUGAUCCAUGACACGGUCCACUAUCUACAGACGGUCACAACCCUUAUCACUAAACCAAAUAUAGUUUCAACGGGGGUUUGGGCAGCAUUGCAAUUGGCGACGCAGCUGCUACAGCAUACAAACGAAGAGAUUGUGGCAGCGGUCGCCGCAGACCCCAAUGCUGUGAUACAUGGCAUUCCCGCGCAGGUGCAGCAGGAAACAAAGUGUAAGAGGUGCGCUGCUGAGGAUGAUGAACAUUUAUACGAUUGA